UCUCCGUUGCGUGGAAGUAAGAAGAGCGAAGGUUUGAAAGACCUGGAGGAAAAUGGAGGACGACAAAACGGGACGAGGAGGAGAGCUCCACAAACGGUGACGACGCCCUUCGCCACUUACUACAAUCCCCCUCUUCUACUUCGCUUCUUCUACUCUGGAUCCAUUACCUGUUUCACGAUUGCCGAAUUUGACAUGGAGUUGCAUUAGCACAUUCGGCGAGUGGAGAGGCGAGUUGCGCUUAUUUGUGGAGCAGAUGGUGGGGUUUUGAGUUUUUCCGAGGCCAGGGUAGGGUGCAUUGGUCUUGCAGAGGCCAUUUCUUCGAAGAGAGGAUCGGUUUCGAGGAGCGCCGGAGUGAGAUAAGAGUGUGAGUCGUAGUCUUUGGUGGAGACGUCGGUGUAAUUACAAACAUGGAUGUGACGGAGAAUGUGAUGGAAAAUGGGAGUCUACCUGGAGGUGACCAAGAUAUGCCUCGCGAUGAUGAGAUGCAGGCGUUUCAUAACCAAAUUAGGGCUGUUGAUGCGGAGAAGCUUGAAUUUGUGGGUGAUAAGGAGCCACUUUCUGUACUUGAAGAAGAGUAUAAAGCUGGCAGCCGUGUUUUUCUUGCCAAGCUCCAGAUACUGAAACAAAAGUACGGUGCAAUUAGGCGUGCUCGUGGCGAUGGAAACUGUUUUUUCCGAAGUUUUAUGUUCUCUUACUUGGAGCAUUUAUUAGUUACACAAGAUGUAGCUGAGGUCGCGCGCAUGGAGAAGGCUAUUGAGAUUUGCAAGAAAACCCUCAUUGAUCAUGGUUUUGCUGAAUUCACAUUUGAAGAUUUUCUGGCUAUUUUUGUUGAGCAGCUGCAGAGCGUCAUUCAAGACAAAGAAGUCUCUGUAAGCCUUGAGACACUAGUAGAGCGCUGCAGAGACCAAUACAUUUCCAAUUCUGUGGUGAUGUUUUUCAGAUUUGUGACGUCUGGUGAAAUAGGCCGACGUACGGAAUUCUUUGAACCGUUUAUUCAGGGAAUGAGCAACAUGAGCGUUGUACAGUUUCGUCGGUCAUCAGUGGAACCUAUGGGUGAGGAAAGUGAUCAUGUCCACAUUACUGCUUUGUCAGAUGCUUUGGGAGUACCUGUACGUGUCGUCUAUCUUGACCAGAGCGGGGACGUGAAUGACAAGCCUGUGAUUGUGAACAACCAUGACUUCAUCCCCGAAGGAAUGGAUGCGGCUGUAGAACCUAAUGUGAUCCUUCUAUAUCGUCCAGGUCAUUAUGACAUUUUGUACCGUAAGGAGAAUUCUGAAGAUGCAUUACUCUCUAAUUUGGAACAAACAGGGUAACGAGAGCACUUCCAAGUAGACAGAAUAACUUUGCUGUGGUUCAUUAGAGGCAUUUCCAACUGAUGUACCACAGGACUUUGAACGAUUAAACAAGGUUCGACCGAAAUCAUUCUCCUGCUUGAGAUCUUGAGCUUCUAUUA